AUGCUCUCCUGGAUCCCACGACCCGUAAACGCCCUCAUCCUCCUCUGCGAUAGACCCAUCUACCUCGCCGCGCGGUCUCGCGUCGAACACAGCAUACCCGAGUAUCUCGGCAGCGGGGCGGACGAGCCUGUGUUGUGGAUGAAGCAGACGAUCGGACAUGCGUGUGGGCUCAUGGCAUUGCUACAUGUGGUGGUCAAUUUGGAGAAUGGAAGAUAUGUCCUGGCGGGAUCGGAAUUGGAGAAGAUUGUGAAGAGCGCGGUUGGAUUGGGGCCGGUGGAGAGAGCGCGACUUUUGUACGAUUCGAGGUUUUUGGAAGAGGCGCAUAUGGAUGCGGCAUCGGAAGGGUGCUCAAUCGUGCCUUUGCCGCAGGAGGAAUGUGGGUUUCAUUUUAUUGCUUUUGUUAAGAAAGAUGGAAAGGUUUGGGAGUUGAAUGGAGGCAUGAAUGGUCCAUUAUUGCGAGGUGAAUUGGAAGGGGACUUGUUGGGAGAAGAAGGGUUGGAUAUGACGUACCCUCAAGACUAUCCUGCAAUGACCACAAUUCUCGUCACCGGAGCCACAGGCAGACAAGGAGGCUCCGUAAUUAGCAACCUUCUGGCCAAAAAUGCCCCUUUUAAUCUCCUCGCCGUGACACGUGACAUCAAAUCUACUUCAGCGAAGAACCUUGCCCAGAAGUCUCCUAAUAUCACAUUGAUCCAAGGCAAUCUUGACAACCCAGCUGCCAUCUUCGAGAAUGUAAAGCGUCAAACCUCAACCCCAGUUUGGGGCGUGUUUAGUGUUCAAACCGCUAAUCCCAGACAUGACAACGAAAGACGCCAAGGAUUCGCUCUGGUAGACGAGUCCAUUAAACAAGGUGUCAAGUAUUUCGUAUACAGCUCCGUCGACCGCGGCGGCGAGAGAUCAGACCAAAACCCAACCCAAGUCCCUCAUUUCAUUUUCAAACACGAGAUUGAGAGGCAUCUCAAGGAGAAAGCAAAAGGGACCGAUAUGGAAUGGACGAUUCUCCGCCCCGUUGCCUUUUUUGAGAAUUUCACACCGGACUACGUCGGGAAGGUAUUUAUGACUGCAUGGCAGAUGACUCUGAAGGGGAAGCCUCUACAGCUUAUUGCCACAAGCGACAUUGGGUUCUUUGCUGCCGCGGCAUUCUUAAAUCCCGAGGCAUCGAAGAAUCAUGCUUCCUCGCUUGCUGGCGAUGAGUUAACGUUUGAUGAAAUGUCGACGAUUUUCAAGAAAUCGACUGGCAAGAAUGUGCCGACCACUUUCAGGAUUCCGGUUUGGCUGAUGAUGGUUGCUGUCAAAGAGCUGGGUAUCAUGUUCAAAUGGUUUCAUGAUGAGGGAUAUGGUGCGGAUAUUCCGGCUUUGAAAAAGCUGAAUCCUGGCUCGAAGAACUUUGGGGAAUGGUUGAAGGAGGAUAGCCAGUUCGAGACACGAUAG